AGGUUGUAUUAAAUGACCCUAGAAAGUAGCAAUUGUAGGACUAAAACAUUGUUCUGUGUUGAAACAUAAAGAAGUUACAUACUGUAUUUAUUUUAGAUCAACAAAUAAACAUAAAUAGUGGGUUUUCAUAUCAUACAAGAAAGAGAAAGAUUUUAAUCUGCACUCAAAUUUCAACAUUUUGUGAUAAUCAAAUUUGAAAAGAUUAUGACUUCUGUCAUAGGUGUGAAUAGGUUUGAUGAAUCUGUUUACACCUCUUUGAUUGAUAUGCCCCAAUCAGUCUAUACAAUGGCUCCUAUAGAGCUAAUUCAUACCCUUUAACAGCUGUGAAUAUGCCUUUAUUAAUAUGAAUAGACCCCAGUCAUAGAUGCUUAGGUCUAUAUGAUUUUUUUUUUGUUGACAAUAAUAAAAGUGUGAUUAAUUACACACCUAUAUAUCCCAAGCUACUUAGGCUAUAAAAAAACAUGUCAAAAAGCAUGCACUGAAAUGCUCUUACUGAAACAAUGAAUACAAUAACAACAACAUUUAUGUAGCUCCUAAUAGUGUUCAUUCAACACAUACAUGUUUCAAAACCUUUAUGAGAUUUCAGAACAGAGUUCUUCUUUUUGUUCUAUUUCAAUAUAAGAGCUAUUAAAUCUUUUAAAUGAUGUACGGCCAUAGUGUAGAGCUAAAUCUGCUGAUCUGUUUGUUUAGAAUGGACUGGAUUUAUUACCUGACAAUCCCUGGCUAUACUUAUUUGAGGAAAGUCUAUUUAGUACCUUUUAUGAAUCUCUCAAAAUUCAUGUUCCUGAUUAAAAUCUUUCAUAUGCUUCGAAAUAAAUGUAAAAUAAUACUAAUAAUAAUAAAUAAACACAAUUAACAAUUCUAUCAUGCAUGCAGACUGUUUGAAUCUACUUGAAUAUAGAUCAAUGUCAGAAAUUAUUGUUUAAAUAAAUGGCAAUAUUAAAUCACUACUUAACAUAUAAUAUGCCUAGAGUAGAAUAUUAAGAAAUAUGUUUGAAAAAAUUCAAUUCCAUAAUAUUUUCAAUAUUCAUUUAAUUUUUGUCACUUUUGGUGACCUUAUUGCCCCAAGGCCUGGUAAAUUUCUCCUUGGUCAUCAUUUCUCAUUCUGGAUCUUAUAGCUUAUGGCCUACAAUUACAAACAACAUACAUUAAAUACAGUAAUACCACAAAUCUGAAUUUUGUAGUAAGUGGGCUGUAUGAUCUCUAUUGGGCAAGUCACACCUUCGUACAUGCCACACCUUAAUUUACACUCCAUUCAUCCAUCCUCUUUUGUUGUUUGUAACACUUGAUCAAUUUGCAAACAUGUCAAGACAAUUUGUAAAACUAUUUAUAGAAGUAUUACUUCACUACAAGUAUUACCGACUACUACUUUUAAAAUACAAUAUUUGCAGGUUCAUUACCAUAUUUUUUCAGCAUAUUACAUACAUUUUAAUUUUCUUUUUGUAAAGGAAUCACUGUGCUUAUAUACAGCUUACAAAUAGUUUAUGAUCACUUUAUUGAAUUUAAAAUAUUAAAAAUACACAAUAGUAGACAUUUUAUUCAAUGCCUGGAAUAUAUUUAAUAUGCCUAGAACAGAAUAUUAUAAAAUAUAUUUGAAAUAUAUCAGAGUAACAUUUUAAAUAUUUAGAUAAUUUUUGUCCCAGUUAAUUUCUGACCCUUCAUUAUUUACUCUCUUGGCCUACCUAUGGCCUGUAAUGACAAACAGCAUAAAUUACAUCAAGUUCUUCUUUUGGGAGCCACAAGUUGCAGUAUUUUUCUGAAAAGGACCAUGUUUGUCUGAUUUGUCAAUUCACAUCAUUGUGGCAGUUAUUUAGCUACUUAGCCUACAUAAAAACAACAACAACAACAACAGCUUGAAAACGUUUCUUUGAUUUGUGUAAAAAAUCAUGUUUGUAUGUAAUUUAUAUUGUAGAACAAAAUGUAAAAGCCUUGUAUUAGGCUAACUAAAAUUGUAUUAACCUUCUUUUUAAUAAUAUGUUGUAUGAGCAUUUGUUACAUAAAUGUUAUAUAACUACCAUGAAAAAGUAGGCUAUAUCUAAUUCCUCAAAUGUGAAUUGUAAAGCCUUAAGUUGCAAUAUAAGAACAAUAUUUGAUUUUUCAAUUAACAUCACUGUUGUACUUAUAAACAACUUACAAUAAAACAGCUUGAAAAUGUUUGUUUGGUGUAUAAAAAAAAGAAGCCUGUGUUAGUGUGAAAGCCUUAUGAAUUUUUGAAUUAACAUUCACUGAAGUAAUAAUUUUACUUAGUCUACUAUUGAAAUUAUGGUUACCCAUAUAUAUGCGUGAUUCAUGAUCAUUUGUUAGGCUACAUAAAUGUUAGAUAACUACCCUGGAAAUGUAUUAUUAUCAUCAUCUCACUAGCACAAUGAUUCGUACAUAUAUUUGCGGAUCUCAGUGCGCCAGUAUUUAUAACCUAGUAAACACUAUUUUAACUCUAUCAGAGUAAUGAUAUUGUAGGUCAAGAUGGCGCUUCAUGAUCUAGAGUGAGUCAUGGCGUCCCUAGAGUCUACAAAACAGCAGUAUGCACGGCCACUUUUAUAGAUGGACACAACUGCAUCUGAAACAGACCGAAAACUACACGGACUUUACUUAAAACAACACGUUCUAUUCCUUAAUUAACCAAAGGAAAAUUGUAUUCCAUUUAGAGAAUUGGCUUUGAGGUUUAAAAAGAAAUAUAUGUUUGUAAAGACGACCUAAUGAGUGUUUCAGGUAAUCCAUAUUCAUCCGCUCCGAGUUCCUGCCUCACGCGCAUUGAAGGCAGCGGAACCCGGAUGGAACUGUCAUGGCUGCCGUCACCGACCUGCCAGUCUAAAGAGAAAAGAGAGGAGCCUUUAUUCUAAAGCAUGGAGGUUGACCUGACAGCAUCAGAUGAUCCCCCUGAAAGCCAUGACCAGAGCCAGGAUGAUGAUACCUUACUGGACCACACUUUGCCUCUCGAGUUGGCACAUCAGCUUCCAGAUACAGCCUCUUGCAACGAGCAUUGUGACCAAGAUGAAACACCCCCUGAGGAAUCAGCCACUGAUAAUCUUCACAGCAAAGCUUCUGGAAAGACUCCAUGUAAGAUGCAGCAGGGUGCAAUCUUCUCUGGAAAAAUACUGAGUUUUUGUUGCUCUGAAUGCAAAGACGAUACCACUUACAGCCCUAACGACUUGCUGAAACAUUUUCAAGGAUCUCACAAGGGAACCCUUCCAACUUAUCCUUGUGAUCUGUGCUCGUUUGUCACCAAUGAAUUCUCAUCUCUUCAGCGACAUCGCAUCGGACAUCGAAACACUUUGGUCACGUGCGAGAUUUGCAACGAUGGGGUGCAGUAUUCACUUCUUUUGCUCACCAGGCACUUUACCAACUGCCACAGCCGUAAUGGACAGUUUCGCUGUAAAAAGUGUGAGUUCUCCACCAGAGAUGCAGGAACCUUUGUUCAGCACACCCAUCAUCACAACGAACGUAAUCACAAAUCUGUGAAAUGUCCACAUGGUAGCCCCACACAAGGAGAUCUUCAGAAGCAUACCUUGGUGCAUUCUGGGACUUUUCCUUUCUCUUGUCAGAUUUGUGGAUAUAGCGCAGCUCGCAAAGAGUACCUGAACAAACACCUUACAGUGGCACACGGUGAGGAGAUGAACAAGAGGAGAGCAAAUGAGGACAACUCUGGAGUCAAUUCAUCUGGACUAAAAAUCCUGCUUAAGAAAUCUCCACCAGUUGGAGGAUCCAGAGAACCGCAGUGGAUGUCAAAACUUAACUCACUCUCUGGUGUAGGUCUGCUCGAUCAUAACGGUAGGUUGUUUCAUCCUGAAAAAACCUUGGAGGAGACCCAGCAGUUUCUUGAAAGAGCUGUUGGGGUUAAAAAAGAAAAUAAUAAAUGGACAAAGUCUCCCGUACAAAGCGAGCCACAAACUUUGCACCUUAUUCCGUCAACAACGCCACAACCAAAGUUACAAGAGCAUGAGAUUAGUCCAGGAAGUCCAGGACUUCUGAAUUCAACCAAUAGCAAUGGACUGACUGUUCUUAUGGUGAAAAAUAAAAUAUCUAUUCCACCAAACUGUACCACUAAAGUCAUGGGCUUUAAGAUAGUAGAUGGUAAAAAACAUUUAGUUCUAAAAGUCAUACCGACAAAACCAGAAGACUCCACUGAAAAUGAGCUUUCUGAUUCACACAUCGGUGAAGAUGAAGAUAAAACAACCAGCAGCCCCUGCUCUUCAUCUUCUCCAAUCUUAGGAUCUCUCCUCAGUUUAGAGUCUGGAGAAUCAAAUGAGCCAUCUUCAAUAAAAGAAGAGUCACCAGAAGUUGAAAAUCACAUUGGCAACCAUCUCCCCCUGACAGAUGAGCACAAAGUUAGCUUUAUGAUUGCAAGUAAGGCUUGGCAGGUUAAUAAUGAGGAUACAGAAGUCUCAUGUGGUGUUAAAGUACUGUCUACAGCAUCAAAAGAUGCUGCACUUUCCCUGAGUCAGAGCCACCAAUCGAAUGGGAGGUCAUCACCUCACCUUCAUGAGGUAUCUUUCCUCUGUUCAAGUGAAAAAAGCUACAUUGAUAAUAUCCAGACAGCAAAUCCAGCCGCCUCACCUCAUGUUUCAAAAUCAGAGCUUCCCUCUGCUGAUUCUGAGAGCACACUCUCUAAUUUGCAAAUUGGUCAAGUAGACUCAUCUGAAUAUGAGGCUACAGCAUUAGCUUCAGUUAUGGAUCAACAUUCAGGAUUACAGUCACCUGCUGAUGCAACCACACAUCCUUCCUGUGACUCUUCCAAUUCAAAAUCUGAGCCUGAAAUGUCUGCAGAUGACAAGUUCACACAUGUUGAUAUCCUGGAAUCUAAACUUCCAACUGCAGAUGCAACAUUUUCUGUGCUGUCAGAAGAACCUUUUAUCCAGGAACCUCGAUUCAGUUCAGUGGCUCCAGAAGGGCAGGAUUCUGACAAAGUUGAGACAUCUUUUUGUGAGAUGACUGACAUUAAGACCUCUAACGCAAAAGUUGGAGAGAGCCUUCAGUUUUACCCAAAUGCUCCUUCUGACUCAAGUAAGACUAAAGCUUCAGACAGUGUAGUUGUAAAGUUCUCUGAAGUAACUAAAAGCAAAACAACUGAGGCAAACUCAGAAAAAGAAACUAGUAAAGGUGCAUCACCCGAUGCCAAAGAUUGCAACACAGAGGUUGAAAAUAACUUUCUCAAUUCCCCAAGUCAAGAGGUCUUUAGUUUCCACAAUUAUUCUAAAGAUUCCUUCGGGAGCUCUCCUGAUUCAUUGCAGCCUGAGGAAGACUCACUGGAGGGGCUGGAGGAAGAAGAGUGCGAGGAGGAUUUUGGUGACUGGAGCUUAACUUUGCCGGCAUCGCCUCCUCUUCCAGCUGAAGAAGAUAGCAGGGCAGUGGCUAAUGAGAGGGAUCCGCUCUCUGAAAGUGGAGAGAAAGCAUUAGAGCGAGUGUCAGAUAGUGAUAUCGAGGUAGAUGAGUGCAUAGCUACUGUUGAUGAUUCACUCAUUCCUGUGCUUCCGGAAAAAGGAGUAGAAACAGCUUGUUCAUCAGCAUCAGAGAAGAAACCGGAAGGCAUCACAUUUGCAAGCGAGAACACAGCGGCAAGCUUGACUAGUGCAGCUGUUUUGGGCAAGAUACUUGAAAAGCACUCUGAUGCCAUUAUCAGCCAGCAGCUUGAGAAAGAGAGAAUGAGGACUUCAGCUACAGGACAAGAAUCUGUUAGGCCGACCAAAACCACACUUCGGAUUUUGCAAACACCUGAAGGAAAACAGCAGAUGUUCCUUCAAACUACAGACACUCCAUAUGCUGUGCCAGUUCAGCUGAAAAGUGGGGCUGGGUUCAAGCUGAUUACUAAGUCCAGUUCUCCCAACAUUAAUGUGUCCUAUGUGAAACCUGGGAUUGAGACAGCCAGCAAGACAAAGGGAGUAGCUCUGACUUUAAACGGAGGCAGAAUUGGCAUGUCUGCGCAAAGUUCAGGUCUGGAAACUAAAGGUCAAACGUCUAUCCAAAUGGCACCGAGCGGCAGUGGAAACCGCUACUUUGUCAAUGCUGCAGCUCUUAAAGCAUCUUUUCUCUUGUCAGGUGCUGUCAAGUCCUCAUCCGGAGAACAGGCGACCAACGUGCCACAGACUUGUUAUUUAGUUCAGAGACCAGUCCCUGUUACCCCAGUUAGUAGCGAGUCAAAUGGUCCAAGUUCUAAGACUGUGCUUGCAACUCGUCCUGUAUUGGCCAUGCCUGUGAAUUCAGCAGAUAAAACCAGUCCCUUGCAGUCUGGGAGACAAGCUUACCUGGUUAGAUACAUUUCUCCGGCUAAGUCAGGUAUACUUUUGAACAAUUCAGAUGGGAAAACUUUGAACCAGGGCAACCAAGUAAACGAGGCUGGCAAAAACAGGGUAUUCCUUAAGAUAGUUAGAGGUCCCAACGGCACCAGAUUUCUCUCCACCACUCCAUACACCACAUCCAAAAAGUCAGUAUACCUUGCCACAAGCUCUUUACAGUCACCUUGCUUGUUAAUGUCUUCAAAUAAAUCUUUAACCAGCGUGUCGGGAGGUCUGAAAACCUCUACUAAUUCCCAAGGUCUCACUCAUAAACUCGUCCCAGCAUCCCAGCUUAAACAUAUUCUACCCCAAUCCAAUGUUCAAAUCAAAAGCAGGGCUGAUCAUGAUGUAGCAUUACAGAAGUUGCCACUUGUUCCCAGUCCCAUCCGUCCACGAAGCCAAAGGAAACGGAGCCGAAGGGCUUUGUUUGAGGAAAUGCUGGAGCGCUCCUCCAAAACGAGGAGAAUCUCAAGCAAGUCGGCUGAGAAAGAUGCUACCUCAAUUUGGGAGCCUGUUGCGAAAGAUGCCGUGAGAACGCUAAAGCUCUGUCCCUUUAGUCCACUUCAAGAAAUCAAAUGCCCCCGUCGAAACCAGCCUGUGGUUGUGCUGAACCACCCAGAUGCAGACAUUCCUGAAGUUGCUAGCAUCAUGAGGUCAGUGAACAAAUACAAAGGUGAAGUUCUCAAGGUGGCACUGUCCCAAAGUACAGUUAAAGCCCUCUCUGAGUCUCCAAAUACACUUUCAAAGCAGAAUGCUUCCAACGGAAAUGGGAGCGAAAGAUCAAGGUCAUUAGGAGGCACUGUUCAAGAGAGAUUCAUACUGAAACUAAAGUUAAAAAAGACUAGCAGAAAUAAGUAUGAGGUGGUGAGGUCCUCAUCUGCUGGUUCAGAGCAGCAGUCAACAUUUUGUUGCUGGUUUUGUGGCCGAGUUUUCAACAACCAAGAGGACUGGAUCGGCCAUGGUCAACGGCAUCUAAUGGAGGCAACAAGAGACUGGAAUAAGCUGUUCUAAUGCAACUACAGAGCCCCUGGAUUGGGCCAAAUGCCAUCCUUCAUUGUAGAAAACAGAUUUUUUUUUGUAAUCUUUUCUUUUUUUUUAAUAGUACAGUAAGAUACAGUUAACCUGUUGAUAUUAUUUUUCCAUAGAUUUUUCUCCAGAAGCUUUUAAAGGGUAUAGUGUUAUAGAGAAGAGUUUGGUACCUGAAACAAGUUUGUAUGUAAAUAAUUUUCACCCUUGUAUAUUUAAGUCGAAACCCUUGAGUAUGUAUAGAAUGGAACUGUGAAAACUGGACACACUGUAUGUUUAUGGUGCAAGCAAGAAGAUCACUGGUAUAAGAUGGUGCUGUCUCUUAUAGACCUUUUUUAAUGCCGACAAUUGAACCAAUUUCUCAGGUAAUUCCAUAGUCUUUGAAUGAGUGAAUGGUCCAGUUGAUGAAGUAAUUAUCUUUCAUUCUGAAGCUGUGCUUGAUUGUAGAUUUAAACAUUAUGUACCAUUUAAGUACAGUUUAAAUUGUCUACAUAUGUCAUACCUACAUCACUGAACCAUACUGAUUUCACAUUAAUGUCCUUUGGGGUUUAGAUAUUGUGAAAAGUUCAAAAUACAUUGAUCUGCAAAUUUAAAGAGAUAGUUCACCCGAAAAUGAAAAUGGUCAUUUAGUCACCCUUGUGUCAUUCCAAACCCUUUGUCUUUUUGUUCUGUGGAACACAAAAGAUGGUAUUUUGAAACAUUUCUUUUGUGUUUUGUUCAUACAAUGAAAAUCAGUGUAGUUUAAUGUUGUUUUGGACCCCAUUGGUUUUCAUUGCAUGGGCAAAAACUGGAAAAAACAUUGUUCAGAAUGUUCCACAGAAGAAAAAGUCAUACAGCUUUGGAACGACACAAGGGUGAGUAAAUGGCUAUUUUCAUUUUGGGAUGAACUAUUCCAUUAAGUAUUAUUUUAGAAUAUUGCCUAAAAACAAGCCCAACUGGUUCCUGUGGAAACCAUCCUUUUGAAAUUAUGUGUCCUUUGAGGUGGUUUGCCAUUUAAUACGCUGAAUUUGUUCUCAUGUUGUUUCUUAGGGUCAGUUAUAUGUUUUGCCUGUAGCAUUCAUCUCCCUUCAUUACAACAAAUCAGAGCCGGUGUCCUUUCAGUAGCAAUAAUGGACUUUAUAAUAGUUGGAAUGUUUUUCUCUGUAAAGAUAUGCUGAACCUACAUGUGUUAGUUAUGGCUUUGGUGCUUUUUGUUGUCCUUUCCCUUAUUCGAAAUGAAGAAAUGCACCUGUAAAUGUACUAUUAUGCUUUACUAAAAAAAAAGAUAAAACAGGAUGUAUUGAGAUGCAAGCCAACAAACCUCAAACAGCCAACCAAACACUAACUGUAUUUUCAUUUUCUGUGAUACUUGAGUGCCUCAUUCUGCCUCAAAGUUUUAACAAGAAGGUCUGUUUCAUUUCAUGGUAAAGUCCACUUUUGUAAGAUUAUUGUGUGUUUAGCAGAGUUCAAAGAUUAAGAUUGACCAUUCAUUUGCGCUAGACUACAUUGAUUUUUGUUAAACUGAUUUGUAAACCAUUGAAGCAGAAGUUGAGAAUUCCUUUUAAACUAUUUUUGAGACACUAUUUUCUCAUUGAUAGCCCCAAUAUCAAGAAUGGGUUUCUGUCCCAUAUGAACAACUGUUUUUGUUAACAUUAAGUAUAUCCUUUACAUUAAAAGAAUGCUUUACUAGACAUUUGAUCCAACUACUGUUUGUCAACUCAGUUAACACUGACCAGAAGUGAUACAGUGUACUCAAUGGUGCUUUUGAAUUGAUCUGUCAAUCUACUAAUUUUUGAGUUUCUUUUAUAGAAUUUCUCUUUAAAUCUAGAUAAACGCCUCACAAGUGCUCUGAUCUGCCACGCUGAAGUCUCAAUGAGAAAUCUCUGUAAUUGUAAGGACAGAUGUAUUAAUUUGUCUGUGUAUAUUAAUUGUUUUCUGUCCAUUGUGCUUGAAAGAAGCUUUGAUGGCAGAGAGGUAAUAAUCCAUCCUUGAUUUAAGUAGCGAGUGUUAAGUGUAUUAUAGUUGUCAGGAUAAAUCAGUGAUUUCUCUGUAGCUUUACUUUCCCGUGUUUGGUCCUUUAACUGUUUCUAACACAUGAGAACUAAUAAUGUUUUAUUUUCAAUAUUCACUCAGUAUGUACGUCACCCUCUUUGUGACAUGACAAUCACUGUUAUACAUGUGAAGUAGUGGAAUUGUUUAUGCAAACCAUAACAGUUGGCUAAUAUUCAGCUCAAAUGGCCCAGCUUGAAACAAGUAAUGUUAUGCCAUGAAUGAGCAAAAAUAUAGUCCUCACUCAGACACCUGUCAACCAAAUAAUGUUUGUCUUGAGGCAAAAAUGUCCUUCCUUUUUGUUGUAAGGCCCAUGUCACACAGGUUUUAUUGAGAUCUGAGAGACAAGUUUAUUUUUUUAUGCUAAGUGCCUAAAAUGUGAUGCACCAGGUUGACACUAUAUUGUACUGUAUUUACCUCCUUGCAGUUCCUUCUUUAAUAAAUGUAAAUACCUUUGAA